AUGAUAGAUAAUAUUGAUACAAUCGUUGAAAAAUCCUUGGCCUUGCUGUACCAAAACAAAUUUAUUCGAGCAAAACUAAUCUCGGAGGUCACGAUCAAGACAUUACAUAUUGCGAAGGAACUCGGAGGUGAAGAAAAAAAAGACGAUGGAGAACUUUGGUGUAACAUUGAAGCUCAAGCCGCUUUUCUCGGACCAAAUCUUUGGGACAAAACAUUACCAUACGAUACAGAUUUCAAAGAAUACGUUGAUCUCGACGAGUUCCUGUCGGAAAAUGGCAUCACGACUGGCGAAGGCAUGCCAGCCAAUGGCGGUCCUCGACUUCCACCUCAAGGACCGGAAAUCAUGGGUCACGAUCCUCCGAUGCAACUGACGCUCACCAAGAGAGAAAGAUCCCCGUCUCCUUCUCCCUGCGAACCACUCAGUCCUGCCACCCUUAAUCCUUGUUCACCGGCAGAUUCGACAAUGUCUAUGGCAUCUUCAGGUCGCGAAUUUGAUCCAAGGACGAGAACAUUUUCCGAUGAAGAACUCAAACCGCAGCCAAUGGUCAAAAAGUCAAGGAAGCAGUUCGUGCCGGAUGAUUUAAAGGAUGAAAAAUAUUGGGCAAGACGCAGAAAAAAUAAUAUGGCAGCAAAAAGAUCCAGAGAUGCAAGAAGAAUGAAAGAAAAUCAAAUUGCUUUAAGAGCAGGAUUCCUCGAAAAAGAAAAUAUGGGUCUCAGACAAGAACUAGAUAGACUUAAAAAGGAAAAUCUUUUGCUGAGAGAUAAAUUAUCAAAAUACGGUGGAGGAGAAGUGUAA